UUUGUUUUAAGUCCACCACUUAAAGGAACCAUGAAUUUGAUAAUCUACGUAACCAUAAUCGCCCUCACAUCUGCAGCUGAGCUUCCAUCAAGGAACUAUAUCCCACAGGAUCAAGGACCGGGACCCUAUCCAGGGCCUCAUGGGGGCAUUGGUGGGGACACCGGCAACAGAAGACCACAGCAAGACGCUGAGAAAAAUUCCAAUGUUGUGAAACAAGAGCAGGAAAUCAGUGACUCCGGAAAUUAUCACUUCGGCUUCGAAACCUCAAACGGUAUCCGAGCUGAGGAGGCGGGAGGCCCAGAACAGGCGCAAGGAGGGUACUCGUACAAAGGCGACGAUGGACAGACAUACACGCUGAUCUACACGUCGGGAGAGGGCGGGUUCAAGCCGCAGGGAGAGCACCUGCCAGUCGCACCACCCACGCCCGAGGCCAUUCUGAUCGCGCUGCAGCAGAACGAGAGAGAUGAGGCUGCUGGCAUAUUUGAUGAUGGUCAAUACCACCCCGAAAACAAUGGUCAGAGUAGGCCCGGUGCCUCGGCAGGCGCUGGUACAGGCAGCGGGUACCACUACUGA